AUGAGCAAGGUUCGCAGUUAUUUACCGUGGGGGGCGAAAAAUGUCGUUCGAAUUGUAAGACUACAAGGCACGAUUCGGCCACAGUCCAGAGGACAAGGACUCAACUUGCAGAAAAUUGACAAGCACCUCGGCAAGGCAUUUGACAUCAAAAAAGUCAAACCAAAGGCUGUUUGCCUGGAGAUUAAUAGCCCAGGAGGCAGUGCUGUUCAAUCCAGUCUGAUAUAUCAAAGAAUAAGAAAUUUAUCAAAGGCGACUGAAGUUCCCGUGCUCUCGUUUACUGAAGAUUAUGCUGCGUCAGGGGGGUAUUGGCUUGCAUUGGCGGGAGAUGAAAUUUUUGUGGAUCCUAACUCUGUGGUGGGAUCUAUUGGUGCCGUGUUUGGAAAUUUUGGCUUCGAAGAAGCCAUUAAAAAGCUAGGUAAGUUCAAAGCGUUCUCAAACAGUGAGCACGGUUUAUUUCAUACGGACCUGUGGGUCCAGCGGCUGGCUGGGUAAGGGGCGUCAGCGGUUGGACGAAAUAGUUGUUCCAGUGGGCAAUUUUUCUGGCAAAUUGUCUGUUGAUUUUUUUCUUGUGCUUUUGUAAGGCAAGUUAACACAAGUCCCCGCCUUGUGAAGCCGCACCCAAAAUAAGCAUGCCACUCAGCACAGGAAGUGCAAGCUCAGUAUGAGAUUGCAUAAUCUCAAAAUUGCCAUAAAAAUGAGGGACUUGCAUGGGAAUCCCAGUAAUAGAAUCAAGAACUGUUCACAGAAGUUCUCAAUGAAAAGUCUUACCUUAUUUCCAUGAUGUGUUCUUGCUUCCUGUGUGUGUGUUUUUUUUUUGUCCUCAUUCAAUGUCAUUUUCUGAUUUUGGUGAUUUAUUUGACUCCCGCAUUUGCACUCCAGCCCCAUCUUUAGGGGAAGAAACAGAAAAGCCAAGUAAAUCCUUAAACCAUUUAUGUCUACAGCAUUUUUAAAGUUAUCAGUAUGCACUAUUAUACAUGGUCACAACAUAAAAAUCUCAUAAUUGAGCUUGAGUUACCUGUGCAAAAACUAUAUUUGAGGGUGUUCCCUCCAAAAGCAGUGUGUCUUGCAACUUGUGUUGCAGUAAAAUGUCAAGACAACUUACUGAAAAAAUGUCUGUGUAUCAUGGCCAAAUAAUGUUCUGUGCACGGGUGUUCAAAGUUAAACCAAUAGUGAAUAGACAGUGAACUUAUAUUUGUGUCUUGUUUAGGUCUUGAAUGGCGACUUAUUACAGCUGGGGAGAACAAGGUCCGUAUGGAUCCCUUUAAACCCCUCAAGCAAGCAGAUGUCGAUCAUACAGCCAAGAUACUACACAGUGUCCACGACAACUUUAUACAGUUGGUAAAGGAAAGGAGACCAAGUCUUGAUCCCAAUCAUAAGUCAGCAUUCUCUGGUGACUUCUUCAUUGGCAAGGAUGCAGUUUCUAUGGGGCUAGCUGAUGGGUUUUGCUCUGAUUUAAAAGCACUGUGUAUUGAGAGAUUCGGCAAAGAUGUUAAGUUUGAAAGGUGUGAGCCUCCAAAAGGUUUUCUGGACAGGUUUCAAGGUGUAGGCAGUAAUGCCAGAAUUGAGUUGUCUGUUGGUGAAUUACUUGAUGAAUUAACUGACAAACAACAGGAGGCAAAGUUUGGCCUUUAA